AUGGCUGCACUGAGUUGUCUUUUGGACAGUGUUAGAAGGGACAUAAAGAAGGUGGACAGAGAAUUAAGGCAACUGAGAUGUAUCGACGAGCUCAGCUCCCGCUGCCUGUGCGACCUCUACAUGCACCCGUACUGCUGCUGUGACCUGCACCCCUACCCCUACUGCCUCUGCUACUCCAAGCGAUCCCGCUCCUGCGGCCUGUGCGACCUCUACUACCCGUGCUGCCUGUGCGAGUACAAGCUCUACUGCCUUCGCCCAUCGCUCCGCAGCCUAGAGAGACUCAGAAGGACCACCAACAGAAUCCUGGCCUCAUCGUGCUGCAGCAGCAACAUCUUGGGGUCGGUUAACGUGUGUGGCUUUGAGCCCGACCAAGUCAAAGUGCGCGUCAAAGAUGGGAAGGUCUGUGUGUCAGCCGAGAGGGAGAACAGGUACGACUGCCUCGGAUCCAAAAAGUACAGUUACAUGAACAUCUGCAAAGAGUUCAGCUUGCCGCCAUGCGUGGACGAGAAAGACGUGACGUACUCCUAUGGGCUCGGCAGUUGCGUCAAGAUCGAGUCUCCCUGCUACCCUUGCACAUCUCCCUGCAACCCCUGCAACCCCUGCAGCCCCUGUAGCCCCUGCGGCCCCUGCGGCCCCUGUGGCCCCUGCGGUCCCUGUGGCCCCUGUGACCCUUGCAACCCCUGCUACCCUUGUGGAAGCCGAUUCUCCUGUAGGAAGAUGAUCUUGUAA